AUGCAUAAGUGCACUCUCGGUAACAUGCUGGCUCUGAGACUCUGCGCCUUGGCAUUGGCUGAUGUAAUCCCAGUAAUUAUCUCUGGGAUUGAUGUCAGGGCUGUUACUAGGCUAUUCCAACCAAUAUGUUUUCUUCUUUUUUGCUCACUGUUAGCUCACUUUAUAUGGAGGAAGUCUUCUUUUGGUUUGAUGGUGAAGGGAGAAUCGGCUCUAAAAAUGUGGAGACCUACAAAUGCCCCAAGUAAAAAGCCUACCUUCAAGUUCCCACAGUCCUCUAUUUCAAACCGUUUUAGAUCAACUGCUCUGAAAAAAGAAGUGAAAGUAGAAACGAAAAAAGCACAAAGGGAGAUAGUGUCAUCAGAUACGCAAAUCGAAAGGAAUGCAUUGAUGGUUGAUACUUACCCUAAAAUCCAGGAAUUUUGUGCCAACCUCGGGCUCGACUUUCAAGUUAUAGAUAUGCGCUGGGGAAUUCCUGAUGAAAGCCAACUUGAUCACUCCAUGGAAGAAUUAUGUCUCUCUGAAAUUAAGAAUUGUCAAAAUCUUUCACUGGGACCAAACUUCGUGCCAGUUCGCAGCGUUUAUCCGAAUUACAUGAGUCGAAACUGUAAACUUAAGGAACAAAGCGAAAAAGAUAUAUUGGCUUGGCAAGAAUGUGAGAUGAGACUUCAAGAUGUGCUGAGAAAGGCUGCAACCUCGGCUUAUCACAAUAAUAGCUUGACAAAAGAGCAACUUCACCAAUUUUAUUUGUCAGUAACAGAAUCUGAAAUGACAAAAGGAAUUUUAAAAGCUAAAAAUGCUGACUCUAAAUGUUUAAUCUAUUUGAGAAAAUUUACAAAUUUUCCCGAUUCUUUGGAUGGAGACGAUUUGAAUGAAGGCUCGGGUGAAGAAAUGAACAUGGUGGAUGAUAGCCCGGCACUUUACGUUGAUUAUGUCAUUGUCAACAAAAAGACUAUGUGUCUUCUUCGAAGUAAUUUAGCCAUGAUAGCCUCCGGAAGUUCGGUGCUUUUGUGGGAUAUCCCGACGGGUAAAUGUGACCAAGCCAUAGCAAAAACAGUGUUUCGAAAAGCAAUGUUCAUGCGUGCAGAUUGGAUGGAAAACUGUACUGGGACAAGUACAAUUAUUGUACGUUCACCUAACCACAAAUUCAUUGUUAUCGGAUCAGAAGACGGUUACGUGCUUCUCUAUCGAACAGAUAACGGCAUGCCAAUACAGAUGAAAGCACCAGAUACAAAACAUGAAGCACCAGUCUGCCAAGUUGCUGUAUCCCCAAAUAAUAAAUGGGUGUCAUCUUUCUGUGUUAACAAUUUCCUUAAACUCUGGUCUGCUUGCAACAAUGAAGAACAUUUCAGCAUUCAGCUACGAUCUCAAGCAGUCAAGUUACAAUUUACACUCGACUCAAAGCAUCUUGCGGUUCUUUCAGAAAAGAGCAAUGUGUGCAUCUUUAAAGUGCACGAAGGAAAAACAUUUAAUGGAUAA